GAUCAGGUCCGCCCGGACCGAAUCCCAGUCCCGGGCGUCGGCCUUGGCCUUCCAGUAGGCCUCCACACGAGCCGCGAUGUCCUCGACUUCUGCGCGCUCUGCGGUGAGCGGGAGAGCUCUUCUCCUGACUUCACGUCCGGGAGAAGCAUCUCCGGGACUGGCGCCGCGCCCGAAGGCGCCGGCCCAGGGCUCGCAGCCGCAGACCGCCUCCGGCGAAGUAUCACUGCCGGCCCUCAGACCGAUGUCGCGCAGAUAGCC